CCAGGAAGCUGGAGAGCCGCGUUCCGGUCGUGCCUUUCGCCCCGCCCCGUCCGGUGGAGUCCCGUGGGCGCUUGGUCAGGCUGGCGAGCUGUCAGUCAUGGCGCUGCCCUCGCGGCUGUGUCCGCUUCUCCGUCUGCGGCGCGGAGCCGCGCAGAGCGUCUGUCCGCUGGCGAGGGCCUGGGGCAGCCGUGGGCACUGUGGCGCCCGGGCAUUCCUGGGCUCCGAGGUAACCCGCCGUCCUGGUCCUGCCCUCUCCCCCGGCGGGGCGUCGGCGGUGUCCCAUCUCCAGGUGAUAGGAAACACAAUACCUUUCAAGAGAGGCCUUUUGUUCUCAGCCUUGUCUUAUUUGGGUUUUGAAACCUACCAAGUCAUUUCUCAGGCUGCCGUGGUUCAUGCCACAGCCAAAGUUGAGGAAAUACUUGAGCAAGCAGACUACCUAUAUGAAAGUGGAGAAACAGAGAAGCUUUAUCAGUUGCUCACACAGUACAAAGAAAGUGAAGAUGCAGAGUUACUGUGGCGUUUGGCACGAACAUCACGUGACAUAGCACAGCUUAGUAGGACUUCAGAAGAGGAAAAAAAAGCUUUGGUGUAUGAAGCCCUAGAGUAUGCAAAAAGAGCACUAGAGAAAAACGAGUCAAGUUUUGCUGCUCAUAAGUGGUAUGCGAUCUGCAUUAGUGAUGUUGGAGACUAUGAAGGCAUCAAGGUCAAGAUUGCAAAUGCCUACAUUAUCAAGGAACAUUUUGAGAAAGCCAUUGAGCUGAACCCUAAAGAUGCUACUUCAAUUCACCUUAUGGGUAUUUGGUGCUAUACAUUUGCUGAAAUGCCUUGGUAUCAAAGAAGAAUUGCUAAAGUGCUGUUUGCAAAUCCUCCUAGUUCCACCUAUGAGGAGGCCUUGAAAUACUUUCACAGGGCAGAACAAGUGGAUCCAAACUUCUACAGCAAAAACUUGCUGCUUUUAGGAAAGACAUACUUGAAACUAAACAACAAAAAGCUUGCUGCUUUCUGGCUGGUAAAAGCCAAGGGUUAUCCAGCACACACAGAAGAAGAUAAACAGAUACAGACAGAAGCUGCUCAGUUGCUUACAGGUUUGUGACAAGAACUGAGAAUUUUUUGGAGAAGGCAACAAUGUACCUAACACUUUGCACUUCAUUGAUUUAUAAAAAUGAUACAUUAACCAUAA